CUCCAAAAUAGCCCACAGCAGCAGCGAACACGCCCUUCUAAAAACACCGUUUCAAUCUCUCCGGCUCUCUCUCACCAUCGGAUCCCUUUCUCCGCCAUUUUACUCUUUUGCUCAACGCCGCCACUUUCCUUCUCCGAUCGAAUCUUCAUCUUCCUUCUUCUUCGCCGCACUUUCCAAUCAAACUAGACCAGAUUUUUUCUACUUUGGAAAGCGAGGAGACUGUUGGUUUUUCCGUCUGCCGGAAUCGGCGCUUCCGGGAGAAGAUGUUAGGGUUUCCUAAUGGAAGCGGUGGCGGUGGAGUUGGACCUGAGGAUUUAGCUCAACUCCAAUCUACCAUGCGCGCUAUUGAACUUGCUUGCUCUUACAUUCAGAUUAAUAGUAAUCCAGUUGCUGCUGAGGCAACCAUUUUGUCUCUUCACCAGUCCCCACAGCCGUAUAAGGCGUGUAGAUAUAUUCUUGAAAAUUCUCAGGUAGCAAAUGCUAGGUUUCAAGCUGCUGCAGCUAUUCGAGAAGCAGCUAUUAGGGAAUGGAGUUUUCUUGCCACUGAUGAUAAAGGGGGUUUGAUUAGCUUCUGCCUUGGCUAUGUCAUGCAGCAUGCUAAUUCAUCCGAGGGAUAUGUGCUUUCAAAAGUGUCUUCUGUGGCUGCACAGCUGAUGAAAAGAGGCUGGCUUGAGUUUACUCCAGCCGAGAAGGAAGUAUUUUUCUACCAGAUCAACCAGGCUAUUCUUGGUUCUCGUGGCUUAGAUGUGCAGUUCAUCGGUAUAAAUUUUCUUGAAUCAUUGGUAUCUGAAUUCUCACCCUCUACUUCAAGUGCCAUGGGUCUCCCUAGAGAAUUUCAUGAAAAUUGUCGCAAGUCACUAGAGCAAAACUUUUUGAAGACUUUCUAUCAGUGGGCAAAAGAUGCUGCUUUGAGUGUUACAAACAAGAUUAUCGAAUCACAUUCUAGUGUCCCUGAGGUUAAGGUUUGCAAUGCUACACUGCGACUAAUGUAUCAAAUACUGAAUUGGGAGUUUCGUUACAGCAAAGGUGGUGGCACAAGGGCCAGUAUUAAUGUAUUCUCUGACGGAAUUAGAGUUGAUAAUGCAUUUGCAAAAAAGACAGAAUGUGUAAUAGUUCAGCCUGGAGCCUCGUGGUGUGAUGUUUUGCUUUCAAGCUCACAUGUUGGAUGGCUGAUCAAUUUAUAUUCGUCGGUGAGGCAGAAGUUUGAUCUUGAAGGCUAUUGGCUAGAUUGUCCUGUUGCAGUCUCUGCUCGGAAACUUAUUGUACAAUUGUGCUCCUUGGCUGGGGAAAUAUUUCCAUCCAACAAUGCGCAGAUGCGAGAGCAGCAUCUGCUCCUCCUGCUGUCGGGGGUGUUGCCAUGGAUUGAUCCUCCUGAUGUCAUUUCAAAGGAAAUUGAAGAAGGAAGGAGUGGAAGUGAGAUGAUUGAUGGUUGUCGCGCAUUGUUAUCUAUCGGGACUGUUACUACUCCUGUUGUCUUUGACCAACUCUUGCGAUCAUUAAGGCCCUUUGGCACUCUUACACUCUUAUCUAUGUUAAUGGGUGAAGUUGUCAAAGUACUAAUGGCAAAUAGUACUGAUGAAGAGACCUGGAGCUAUGAGGCACGCGAUAUCUUGCUAGAUACCUGGACCACACUCCUUGCUUCAAUGGAUGGUUCUGGGGGUAAUGCCUGGCUACCACCUGAGGGGAUGCAUGCUGCAGCUAGUCUCUUUUCAUUGAUUGUGGAAUCUGAACUUAAAGUGGCAUCUGCGUCAGCUACUACUGAAGAUGAUGCUGACUGCCUGGCUUCUGUAUCUGCCAUGGACGAGAGACUAGGCUCUUAUGCUCUCAUUGCAAGGGCAGCAGUCGAUGCUACAAUUCCAUUUUUAGCAAAACUUUUCUCUGAUCGUGUUGCACGCCUCCAUCAGGGCAGGGGCACUGUUGAUCCGACUGAAACUUUGGAAGAGGCCUACUCUUUGCUGCUAAUAAUCGGUCAUGUACUUGCAGAUGAAGGGGAAGGGGAGACUGCCCUGGUUCCUGAUGCUUUGCAAUCUCAUUUUGUGGAUGUUGUUGAGGCAAAUAACCACCCUGUCGUGGUACUCUCAAGCUCGAUAAUAAAAUUCGCCGAGCAAUGUUUGGAUGCAGAAAUGAGAUCAUCGAUCUUUAGUCCUCGGCUAAUGGAGGCAGUCAUAUGGUUCCUUGCAAGAUGGUCUUUCACAUACCUGAUGCUCGUUGAAGAUUGCAAUUUGGGUAGCAACCAGCUUCAGUCUCUCCCUUCCCGAGCAUGCUUAUUCACGUUUUUCAACGAACACAAUCAGGGGAAGUUUGUCCUUGAUAUAAUAGUCCGGAUCUCCUUGACAUCGCUCAUGUCUUACCCUGGUGAAAAGGACUUGCAGGAGUUGACAUGUUUUCAGUUACUGCAUGCACUUGUUCGACGAAGAAAUAUCUGUUUUCACCUUCUAUCACUGGACUCCUGGCGUAACUUGGCAAAUGCUUUUGCAAAUGACAAAUCAUUGUUUUUGCUAAACAGUGUUAGUCAGCGUUCAUUGGCUCAAACGCUUGUUCUUUCUGCUUAUGGAAUGCAAAGUUCAGACGCAUCAAACCAAUAUGUGAAGGACCUCAUGGCUCAUAUGACAUCAUCUUUAGUGGACUUGACCAAUAACAGUGACCUCAAAAAUUUGGCUCAACAACCUGAUAUUAUAAUGCUGGUGAGUUGUGUGUUAGAGCGGCUUCGAGGAGCUGCAAGUGCCACUGAACCCCGGACACAGAGAGCAAUAUAUGAGAUGGGAUUAUCUGUCAUGAAUCCUGUACUUCGUCUUCUCGAGGUUUACAAACAUGAGUCUGCAGUAAUUUAUCUUCUUCUUAAAUUUGUCGUGGAUUGGGUGGAUGGGCAAUUAUCUUACCUAGAGGCUCAUGAAACAGCCGUGGUUAUUAAUUUCUGCAUGAGUCUUCUACAAAUAUAUUCGUCUCACAAUAUUGGGAAGAUAUCAUUGUCUCUCUCGAGUACCUUGCUUAACGAAGCGAAAACCGAAAAGUACAAGGAUUUACGCGCUCUGCUUCAGCUACUUUCCCAUCUGUGCUCGAAAGAUAUGGUUGAUUUUUCAUCUGACAGUAUUGAGACACAAAGCACAAAUAUAUCCCAGGUGGUGUACUUUGGUCUGCAUAUAAUCACUCCACUUAUAACUUUGGAACUCCUCAAAUACCCUAAGCUUUGUUUCGACUAUUUCUCGCUCAUUUCACAUAUGCUUGAGGUUUACCCCGAGACGCUCGCACAACUCAAUAAUGACGCAUUUAGCCAUGUACUUACAACAGUUGACUUUGGUCUUCAUCAGCAGGAUGUAGAUAUAGUUACAAUGUGCCUGAGAGCUCUAAAGGCUCUUGCUUCAUAUCACUACAAAGAGAAAAAUGCUGGCAACUCGGGUUUGGGUUCACACGCUGCUGGACACACAGAUCCAAAUGGAGUAUUCCAUGAAGGAAUACUGAGUCGAUUCCUUCGUACUUUGCUUCACUUCCUUCUUUUUGAAGAUUACAGUACCGACCUAGUCAGCACAGCAGCAGAUGCCUUGUUCCCUCUUAUUCUCUGUGAACCAAACCUUUACCAGGGAUUGGGAAACGAACUGAUUGAGAAGCAGGCGAAUCCAAACUUUAAAACUAGGCUAGCAAACGCACUUCAGGUGCUCACAACGUCAAACCAGCUAUCCUCAUCAUUGGACCGUCUCAACUACCAAAGAUUCAGAAAGAACCUCAACAACUUCCUUGUCGAAGUUCGUGGGUUUCUGAAAACUAGGUGACCGAGUUUUAGAACUUAUUUACUUUUUUCUUUUGGUAGAAGUGGCUUUUCCGUUUGUAACAAUUCAAUUUUACUUUAACUAAAUGCAAGCAAACCCAUAAUUAUUAGACAAAAAUGAAUAUGCUUUAUUAAUGAAAAUAGAUGAUCUUUUAAGCUA